UCCAAUCUGGAGAGGCACGAGGACACCGACACCACGGAGAAACCGUGGAAAUGUGUGGACUGUGGAAAGGCAUUCACUUGUCCGUCCAAGCUGGAAACUCAUCGACGCAUGCACACUGGGGAGAGACCGUUCACCUGCUCCGUGUGUGGGAAGAAAUUCACUCAGUCAUCCAACCUAGCAUUACACCAGCGAGUUCACACUGGGGAGAGGCCAUUCACCUGUUCAGUGUGUGGGAAAGGAUUCAUUCAGUCAUACAACCUAGCAUUACACCGGCGAGUUCACACCGGGGAGAGGCCAUUCAUCUGCUCCGUGUGUGGGAAGGGAUUCAUUAAUUCAUCUAACCUAGUGUCACACCAGCGAGUUCACACUGAGGUGAAACCGUUCAGCUGCACUUCCUGUGGAAUGAGCUUUAGGCUUUCAUCCACCCUGCUGAAACAUCAACGAGUUCACACUGGGGAGAAACCAUUCAGCUGCACUGACUGUGGAAAGAGCUUCAGGCAUUCAGGCAGUCUCACUGUACACCAGCGAGUUCACACUGGGGAGAGGCCGUUCACCUGCUCCAUGUGUGGGAAGGGAUUCACUGAUUCAUGCCAACUGCUGAGACACGAACGAGUUCACACCGGAGAGAGACCGUUUACCUGCUCCAAGUGUGGGAAGGGAUUCAUUGAUUCAUCCCAACUGUUGAAGCACCAGCGAUGUCACAAGUGACUGCAGGGACUGGAUUCUGUUAUAGUGCUGCUGUUAAUCACAAUCAGGACUGAACCAUGUUCAUUCUGACAGUUGGGGUUUGUUUCUACUGACGUUAAUAAUGCCUGUAAUUGGACUGCAGUUUAAUAUUCUGGAUCUAUAACUAAUUGUGUUAUCAGGGUUACAGUGUCCCUUUUAAGAACCACUGUCUGUGUGAUCUUUCUCCAUAAUAUCGGAAUUAUCAUCCGAAAUUAGUUCACAAAAAGAUUAUGAACUUUUAUUUCAAUCCUAAAUUGAUCUUUGGUACGAACUGUACAAAUCAGUGUCUGGAAGGUUCCACUGAUUAACAUCUCCAUUCAGAAAGUGCUGAUUAAUCCCUGCUUACAAUUCUUACUGACUUGCACAUUAUUCACAGUGACACCUUCAUUAUCCACCAGAAAGAAGGGGAAUGGGAACCGGUGGAGAAUCGAGAGACCCCAAAUGUUACCUGUCCUGUCUGGCACAGAAAUCCCCUCAGCACGGGAAUGGAGACAAGCCCAAUCCAAGUACCAGACUGUGAGAAAUUGCCAUCUAAUAAACAUAUAAAAUCUUAAAUUUAUGGAAUAUUAUAGAAAUUGCUCACGCUCUCUUAUGAAGAAACUUGCUGGGUGACAAACAAAGGACAGGCCUUUUAUCUCUGCCAAGGGCAUGUCUCUAGCACAGGCCCUUACAAAGAUAUUUCUAACCCUGAUACGAUUGGAUCUCAUGAACCAGACAUAAACUGUCUGUUGUAGCAGAUAUCUAGUUCAUGGUUCAUGCGUUUUAGAGCAUAGCUUUUGGUUUUUGGAAUUAAAGUCUUAACUGUAGAAAAUGGGAUAAAUUGAACUCAAGCAUGCUUGGACUCUCUUACGCUUAAAAAAUCGGGGGCCAUGUUGACUUAAGAGGUUAACAGCUAGAAAGGUAAGAUCAUAAGCAGGUGGGCUUACUUAGCUAAAGAGCUGGAGACAUGAUGUCAGCAAUGCUUGCAAGAACCAAGGCCGUCAAGUGAGUUGUUUUUGUUUUCGGGAUUAAAAAGCAUUCCGUAAAACCUGGAACUGAAAAUUCAUUUACUUCAUCAGAUCAAUGAAGAAAUUGUAUAUGGGGGAUAAUUAACGUAAAGGUCAGUUUCAGAACAUUGCAGAAAAGGCUAAGUUGUCAUGGAGUUGGGGGAACUUAGGGUGAUUCUCUGGUUUCAAUUUAUCUGGGUGUUUGCAAAGUUAGUUGCAGUUUGGACCUCAUGUGGUUUGUAGCGCACCGAGAGAAGAUAGCCAAAGGAAAUGACAGUUAAAUAGACCUUUGCUGUGAACAGAGUUUAAAAAAAAACUAACUUAAUGAUUCACCAUGUGGAACGCAGGUAAGACUUCAUCUCAGUUUGAAUUUUGUGAGGGAACAGAAGCCAGAAGGUCUCAUAGUUUAAAGCUAGUGGGAGAAUCUACAGUGAUCCUCACAGAGACUUGCAGUAAAGAAAGCAACAAGCAGAUUAGCUUAUUAGGACAAGGGACUGAGGCAAUCACAGUCAAGAGAUGACCAUUGAAAGUUUGACCUCUGAGAAUAGCUGGAGUUGAAGAGAAUUCUCCAGAGGACUGUGGCAUGUUUAUGAGUGGUCCUGAUAGAAGUCAAUAACUUUAAUAUUGAAGUGUCUUAAAAGAGAAUUCUUGGGGGAGUCGUAAAAAGUAAACCUGAGUGCUUAACAUGCACUCUUUAGAAAGGGCUCCAGCUGUUAGUCCGUAGUGCAUUGGUCAUUUGUAACACUUAAACAAUGCACUAGGAUGAGUUGCUCCCCCAUCCCCAUAUAAUCUGGGAUCAGAUCCGUGGACCUGAGCACCCAGGAAGGUGAAGGUAAUGGCCAUCAAAGGCCCAUAGCCCAACCGGAAACCUGGACUUUCCAGGAACUCGUUGCCAGGAAGGGAUGCCUCGGUGCAUUGUUAUAAUCAUAACCGCCUGGGCCACUAUGUCCGUCACUGUCACAAUAGGUGCCAUGUGGAGGCUGACAGUAACGGUGAGCCCUGCUUUCUCUCUGCUCCUGUACAACUGAGUCCUGACCCUGUUGAGCAGCAGCUAGAGGCAAUGAUAGAGGCCAUGUGAAUUAGGAACAGAUUGGCUGGUUGCUGCGUGAAUCAAGUACCCGGGCUAGCAGCUCCAGACACCCAGUGACUUCAGCUAUUGGCCCUUUCAACUGACAAUGUGGUUACAAAUUGAACUAAAGACUUUGCCUUUUCAAGAUUUGGCUUUAUCCCAUUUGUUAUCUACCAAGACGUAGUGGUAGAGAAGGGGAGAUAUCGAAGUCACCUUGAAAUGAGCACAUCUGUCUCUGAUGCACAAACACCAGAUUAUGCAAAUACUGAAUUGGACAGUAAAGUUACUCCAGGGCUCCUGAAUUAGAUGGAAUGGUAAUUAAUACGAUGUCCCACUUAGAAUAAAAGAUAGAGAAAAUCGCACCACCAAAUGGGAAUUGGAAUAAUUCACCCUGGGUAUAAUUCAACACAAUAGAUCAAUCUGGUAUCCAGGUACAUUCCAGUGAAAGUCAGAAAAAUGUAGAUGAGACUUGUAAAUUAGUAGCUUUCUCUUGGAGAUGUUUGUAUCCUUGCCUCUGAACCUUUUCAGAAAACUGAAUUUGAUAAACUGGCCACUAUCUGAGACAUCGCACCAUGCAGGGAGAGAUAAACAAAGAUCUUCAGAUAGACACCCCCACCAGCCCCACCCUGGGCUUUGGUAAGAUUACCUGAAAGUCCAAGAAUGACCUGUAUCAGGUGGCACAGGGAGCAUGAUUUUGGGAUACCAGUGUGAGUGUGCAGAUGUGAUUUGUUAUGUAUGGAGUAACUAAAAUGCAGAAAUGCAUGGUGAAGCUGCACUGAAGACUGGGUCCCAGACAUGCUCAGCUACUCGACAACAGAACAACAUGAAGUGAUUAAUGUGGUCAUAGACUGAGUUAACAUUUUAAAUCAUCAAAGUAGUGACACAAAUUCCAUUGAGAAACUGACUUUAAAACAAUCUGGAAAGAAUUAAACACACUGGUAUCUAUCAGAGGGAGUAAAAUUAAAGUGAAGAGGGAUAUAGAAUCUGGAUUUAGAAAAUAUCCACAAGGUGGGUGCCAGUGAACAGAGAGCUGGAGAAUCUUUCAACUCCAUGAAUGAACUUUUGUUUCAACCAUAUAUAUUUACAAUAUGCCAAUAAUUUAGAAUUGUGUGAGAUGAUCUGUAGGUGGGGAGGAUGAAUCAAAGUCGAUAGUUAUCAUUUCACUGAGCAGCUUUUACAUCAAUUCUUGGUGGCAGCUCAAAGAUUUUGUGUUGCUGAUUUUGCAAUCAACAAAUUAGGAGAACAAGCUCAUAGCUUAGAAAUAGCUGGGUGAGCCAGAAAUAAGAUGUGAGAAGUCAGUAAGGAUAUUCAGUUCUUGACGCUGGGAGAUGUGUAAGAAAUCACUGUCCAACAAGCUUGUAGUUUUUAAAGAAAUUUAUUGACUAUAGGAAUCUCUUUCUCACUUAUGAAGAAAGCUUCCUGGGUUGCCUGUUAUCUCUGCCAAGGACAUGUCUCUGGCACAGACCCUAAAACAAGACAAACUUGAUAGGGUGGGGAGAUCUCAUAACCCAAAUGUUAACUAACUGUCUGAGUAAAGAUUAAACAGGAUGUCCUGGAGAUUGACAAGCUACAAAAUGACUUGAUGGAUUUCCAGUGGAAAUAGGAGGGAUUAACUUGAAUAUCUGUCCCUUGACAAUUGAAUAAGUGAUUGACAAAAGACCCCCAGGAAUAACGUAUAUAAACAGUCUGCCAAAAGAUAAAAUCACGUCAGACAACAAAGAGCUUCUCAAAGUGAUCCGUGCUGGCUUCAGACAAACACUUUGACUCAAGGAGACGGAGAAAGGAAGAGACUGCCACCUCCAGCCACGGAAAUCAGCAUCCCCAUGAUCCAGGACCAGUAAUCCAUUCCGAGGAGACUGCCACCUCCAGCCACGGAGAUUAGCAUCCCCUUGAUCCAGGACCAGUAAACCAUUCCGAGGAGACUGUCACCUCCAGCCAUGGAGAUCAGGAACCCCCCACCCCCCGAUCUGAGACCAGUAAACCAUUCGGAGGAGACUGCCACCUCCAGCCACGGAGAUUAGCAUCUCCCUGAUCCGGGACCAGUAAACCAUUCCGAGGAGACUGCCACUUCCAGCCAUGGAGAUCAGCGUCCCCCUGCUUCUUCACAUCCAUUUGUCCAAUCCAGGACUAGUAAACCGUUCUCACCUGUUAUGGGCCAUAUGUUUUUUCUGCCUGUUUAACUGAUGUAUCGUAUCUAAACUAUUGCUUCUUAGUAAAAUGCUUUAAGAU